AUGGAAGAAUUUGAGUAAUGUUCUGAUUGUAAAACAUUGACAAACAAAAAAGGUGUAAAAAAUUUAAUUUAAAUAGAAUUAUUAUGUGAGAAAUGUCUAUAAUAAUAAAUGAAAAAAGAGGAGGAUGAAGUAAAAUAAUUAGAAAAUGAAAUCAAUGAAUUAUAGAACUAAUUAAAUUAAGUUAGAGAUGAAAUAAAUAAAAUGGAAACCAAUUAAAUUGAGAGGAAAAAUGAUAAAAUAGAAUUAGAUGUAAUUUAAUAAGUUAAUGAAUGUAGAAAAAAAACUUAGAUAAAGAAAUUUAAUAAUUAGAAUAAGAUGAAUAGAAACAAAAAAAUGAAUUGAUAAAAUUAAAAAAUUAGAUUCUUGAGCAAGAACAUAAUGAAGAUAAUUUAUGGGAACACAUAAAUAAAUUCACAACAAAAUUGUACUCUUUAUUUGAAUCUAAUUAAAUUGCUGAUAAUAAAUUAUCCUAAUUAAAUAAUGAAAUAGAUCGUCUAAGUAAAGUAUAUAAAUAUAUUAAAUAUAAUUAGCUUGAUGUUUUAAAUGAUUUAUUUAAGAUUUCAGUUUAAGAUGAAGUCGCAACUAUAAAUGGAUUACAAAUUGGUAAAAAAGGUGAAUAGCCUGUAGAUUGGGAUGAUAUAUCUGCUGGAGUUGGUCAUUUAACAUUAUUAUUAGUUUAUUUGAUGAAGAAAUUUAAGUAUUAAUGUUAAAAGUAUGAAUUAUAAAAUUAUAUUUAUAGAAUAGAUUCUGUAGAAUUAAAUGGAUCGUUCACAAAAAUUAAAAUUAAAGAAGAAUAUUAAAAUGCUAUGUCCAUAAAAACUUUAAAUCUAUAUUUGAAUACUAAAGCAUCACAAAAAGAUGAAGAAGAAUUUAACGAUGCUUUUUAAUAGUUGUAUUUGGAAUUUUAAUCUUUUUGUAAAUUUUUAUAAGAAGGAGACAUAUUGAAAAAAAGAAAAAUUAAUCUAACUCUACCUUUUAGUAUGAAUGGCAUUUAUGUAGAUGGUAAAUUACUAAGUUUAAAAUAAUCUGCAACUUAAAAAUGGUAAGAAUGGACUAAUUCAGUUAAGAAAUUUUUAGCUAAUGUAAAAGCUCUUAUUGUUGCUAAUGCAUAAUUUGAUUUAUCUUUAUGA